CGCGUUGUUGGUUGUUGACAUCGCCCACUUGCAUCGCCAUCAUGCUCAGCGCCAUUCAGCAGAGGGCGCGCAGCUUUCUCGCUCCAGAGGUGGCGUACACUCCCAUUGCGACAGACCCCGAGGCCGAGGGUGAAGCAACUAGGUUGGCAGGCCGCGCCCCCUCGAAGGAUGUACACCUCUGCUUUUGGGCGCUUGGCGCUGGCGUUCUCCUCCCUUGGAAUGCGCUGAUGUGCACGCUCCCACUUCUCCUCAGCCUCACAGAGGAGGGCGGUCUACGCAACAGCCUCCCAUCCUACCUCUCGACCACAUUCUGUUUCGCCAACUUGUUCUUCCUUGGCCUGGCUCAGCGGACUGUCUCCCGCGUCAACCCAAUCGGGCGUUCAAGGUGGUCGCUCAUCCUCCUUCUCGUGGCCUGCAUCGUCCUCGCCUACCCCAUCAUCCCGGUUGUGCUGCCGGCACUAGCGAACGGGGGCUCUGGUGGCCGCGCGAUGUUCUUGCCCCUCCUAAUUUUGAUGACCCUCGUCCUCGCGCUCACCACGUCAUUUCUUCAGAGCGCGGUGAUCGCGCUCGCGGCACUGUGGGGCAGCGGGGAGAUGCAGGGUGUGAUGUCCGGUCAAGGCGGUAUCGCGGUCCUCGUGAGCGGGAGCCAGGUUGUACUCGCUCUCCUGUCAUCCAAAGGGGAUGAAGAGGCGUCGACAAGUGCUGCGUUUGGACUGUGGUUCCUCGCAGCCGGUUGGGUUGUGGUAUGCCUUCUCGCCCUCAAACGCCUCACCCGCAACCCUGCCAUUGCCGAGGUCCUAGCCCCAUUGGCGUCCCGGACAGCAGCUGCGGACAGAGUCAAGGAUGGGCGCAUGACGCGUACGGUAGCGAGGAAGAAUCUGAGACUCGAGUUCGCAGUCGCAUUCAUCUUUGUGGUGACACUCUCUGUGUUCCCUCCGAUUACGACUACGAUCACAAGUGUCAUGAAGAACCCGCCAAAGAUACUCCAGCCAGCUACCUUUGUGGCGAUCCACUUCUUCCUCUUCAACGUCGGCGACUACACCGGUAGGACGUACCUCCCGUCCUUGGGGCUGAGCUCGAUGACAAUUCCGCGCAUUGUCAUGCUCUCCCUCGCGCGCGUGAUUCUCAUCCCGCUCUUCCUGUUCUGCAACAUUCCCGCUCGUGCCAAGGGAGAACUUCCCGCCUUACCCGACUUUGUCUACUGGCUCAUCCUUCUCGCUUUCGGCUUGACCAAUGGAUGGAUCUCCACGUUGUGCAUGAUGUUUGCCUCGUCGCCAGAACUCAACCCUGCUAUCACAGAGGACGAAAAGGAUAUCGCCGGCACUCUUGCGGCAUUCUCGCUCGUCUCGGGCCUUGCUAUCGGCAGCCUCUGCUCAUUCGGUGUGAGCCACGCCAUCAGCGGCAGCUACUUUGGUGGAUAAUCGCCAACCUGGACAUGGG